ACGGCAGAGAGGUUUUCGGGGAAAGGGUGAGGAGAGAACGGAAUAGGUGAAAGGCAGACAGGAGGGAGAGCGGCGAAGAGGCAAAGGAGGAAAUCGCCGCGGGUGCUCGAAGUAUCUUUCAAGGAACGGGGAGUAUGGAUCCCCAGAAUCAAACGGGAGGGCAGUGCCGGGCAGGAAAAGACAGAAAAGGAAAGCAUGCGACGAAGAGAGGCAGCGUUGCAAACGAGCAGGCGGAGAACCGACCUGAAGCUUGGAUGUCGCAGAAAGCAGGCCUGGAAGAGAGCUCAGAAAGUGGGGAAACAGGAGGCGAGGAGCGAAACAAAGGAAAGGAGGAACUGAGACAAGAGAAACUGCGAACUCGAGAGGACCAAGAACCGGAGAAAAGAGGCAAGGAGACAGACUGGCGCGCGGCACGAGAGCGAGAGAAGCGGCUGCGAACGGCGUCGCCCUGUCACUCUGCAAAGACACAGGAACACGAGAAUAAAAGUCAAUGUUUCAACGCACAUGCUCCACAGAAAGUUCUCGUCGGAACAGUGUGCAAAAGCAGCGCCUUGCCGUCUGUUUUUCGAGAGCCGUCCUUUCCUUCUUCCCCCACAUUUUCCGCGACUGCAUGCAGGCAACAGCGCGCCGACAGAGGGUGUGAGGGACGUCACCGAAGAGACAGCGACUUCGUGAAACUUCGUGAUGGAGCCAUCGCUCUCCCAUCUCCGACACAAAAGAGGUGA